AUGGUUUCUAAUAAGUUACUGGUGUCUGCUGUUGCCACUCUGGCCUCGUUGGUGGUGGUUGAUGCUGGCCCAUGUAAACCAAACGCCUCUGCUACCAGCACUGCUUCUGCAAGUCUCGCAUCAGAGACUAGCACCGUCCCUGUUGUCACCAUCGAAACCAGCACUGCGACUGCUGAUAGUGGAACAACCACCACGGCGACUGAGAAUGGAACUACCAUGACCGUAUCUGUGAGCGCUGCGUCAACGAAAACCGCCAACAGCGAGACAUCGACGGAGGCCAGCGAGAGUGAAACUACGGGAGUUGCCAACAGUGAGACUACGACGGUCACCAGCAGUGCUGAGGCUACAACAGUUGUCAGCAGCACCGAGAUCACCACUGUAGCAACCAGCACUGAGGGCUCGUCGACCGUCGCCGAGGCCACCACAACCACCACCGUAGCCGAUGCAGGCCCUACCAAUCUUCUUAUCAAUGGGAAUUUCGAUCUGGGGACAACUUCCCCCUGGCUAGUCACCGCCAACCCUGCCGUCCGCCUCGGCUCCAAUGACCCAUACGAAGGUCAGGCUUAUGGAGAACUCGAGUAUUCUAUCGUCAACGGCGAGGCGUACAACAAUUACGUAUAUCAAGCCAUUGACAAGAGCCGUCUCAAGGCGGGCUCGUACGAGCUGUCUGCUAUGCUCCGCGUGGACGGCGCCACCGAUAACAUAUAUGACGACGGAUGCAAUUCGAUAGGGGUCGGCUGUUACUACGGGGAUCCCAACAUGCUCAAUCGUGUCCAAGGUUCCUUUGUGACGCUCAGCGCCGAUGAUGCAGUCAAUCAGUGGACGCAGUUGAGGACUACUUGUUUGCUUGUCGAGCAGACGUUGUCUAACUAUGACUACAUCAGUGUUGCCAUUGGCUUUAGCUGCGCCAAUAGUCUUGCCGACGUUGAUGCUGUUACAUUCGAGGAAGUCCUGUAG